UCGUGAUGUUCUGUAAUGGUUUUGAUCAGCUUAAUUAUAUCAUGCAGAUGAAUCGGCAAUGGAUGUACAUUGACCGACGGUUUGACGAGUUCACUUCGGGCCUGGAUAAUUUUAUGGCCGUGGCGGAGGCAAACAAACAUGGUGGCUUCAUGUAUUGUCCAUGUGUGGACUGCAAGAAUACCGUAAAUUACGCUCACUCGAGUCUCAUUCACAGCCACCUUCUGCGAUCCGGUUUCAUGCCCAGUUACUAUUGUUGGACCAAGCACGGAGAAAGAGGGGUUAUGAUGGAAGACAAUGACGAAGAGGAAGAGGAUGAUGACGGUUAUCCCAAUUUCCCGAAUACGAUGAUAUCUGCAGAAGGCAAUGAAGACAAUGAAGUAGAAGAACAAGAGGCACCAGAUGAGCCUACUGAUGAUGAUCUUGGCCGGGCCAUUGCUGAUGCAAGGAGAGAAUGUGAAACUGAAAAGGAAAGGUUGGCCUUCGACAAGAUGAUAGAAGAUCACAACAAAUUGUUAUACCCAACUUGCGAAGAUGGCCAUAAAAAGCUAGGCAACACACUGGAAUUGUUGCAAUGGAAGGCAGAGAACGGUGUCACUGACUCAGGAUUUGGAAAGUUACUGACAAUAAUUAAAAGGAAGCUUCCAAGGGGUAACGAAUUGCCCGCCAGUACGUACGAAGCGAAGAAGAUUGUCUGCCCUCUAGGAUUAGAUGUGCAAAAGAUACAUGCAUGCAUUAAUGACUGCAUCCUCUACCGCGGUGAGUACGAGAAUUUGGAUGCAUGUCCGGUGUGCACUGCAUUGCGGUAUAAGAUCAGACGAGAUGACCCUGGUGAUGUUGAGGGCGAGCGCCCCAGGAAGAGGGUUCCUGCCAAGGUUAUGUGGUAUGCUCCUAUAAUAUCACGGCUGAAACGCUUAUUCAGAAAUAAAGAGCAUGCUAGGUUGUUGCGAUGGAACAAACAAGACCGUAAGAAAGACGUGAUGUUGAGGCACCCUGCUGAUGGCUCCCAAUGGAGAAAAAUAGAUAGAGAGUUCCCAAACUUUGCACAGGAUGCAAGGAACUUACGGUUUGGUGAUUAUAUGGAAAAAUGUAAGAAGGUCGUGUACCUGGGGCAUCGUCGAUUUCUUAGGCUUACCCAUCCCGUAAGAAAGAAAGGCAAGCAUUACAACGGUGAGGCUGAUCACCGGAGGAAGCCUCCCCAUCGUGAUGGUGUUGAUAUAUUUGGUAUGGUCAAGGAUCUAGAUGUAAUAUUUGGAAAGGGUCCCGGCGGACGGUCUGUUCCGAAUGACGAUGCCGGACACGCGCCCAUGUGGAAGAAGAAAUCUAUAUUUUGGGAUCUACCCUAUUGGGAAGUCUUAGAGGUCCGCUCUUCAAUCGAUGUGAUGCACGUGACGAAGAAUCUUUGCGUGAACCUGCUAGGCUUUCUGGGCGUGUACGGGAAGACAAAAGAUACACCAGAAGCACAGGAGGACCAGCAACGUAGGAAAGACCCUAAAAAACUGCAUGAGAGACAAACGGUACUCUGGAUGAUCACGACGAUGACGUUAUUCCAGAUGAUGGCGGGAGCAUCAGUUGAGUACGAAGAUUACUAUCCAACGGCUCAAGUGGUAAACAAGUAUAGAUACGGAUCUGAUCUCGUCAAACCUGGCGAGCUCGCGCGUCUAGGGACUCAGAUGCGAAGGUUGCAUGAAUGGUACCUGAAAGCCUGUCGAAGAGGUGUUGCCUACCUCACGGUGUAUCUUAGAGAUGAGCAUUACUUCCGGGGGAAAGACGAGAUAAACCUUGAGUUAGAAGAACUGUUUCAGUUAUUCAAUCAAGAUGCCCUCGACAAAGCUGUCAUCAGUUGCUACUGCCUAAUGAAGAAGCUGGAAUACAAAAGAGGCAAGCUCCUACCGCUGGGGUUCAUAGACCCAAACACAGUUCAUGAAGUUACGGUUCGAGACUUCGCCAAGGACACAGAGGACAACAUCGUAAUGUUUUUAGAGAAGCAAGCAGACAAAGAGGAUAUAUUCUUUCCCUACAACUUCAAGUGAGUGUUAUAUAUAACAUACAUUAUGCUUGUGCACCUUCCACUUUAUUCUCGUAAUCAUUGAGCUAUGCUUG